GUUGCUGUCCAUCCCAGUCGGUUCCUCGCAUUCUCCCUCGUUGCACUUAGGGUUCUUGGGCUAGAAAUUCUCGCGCCGAAGGGUCAACCAGCCCAAUCAGCUCGUCACCACCUGUCCCCUCCUCGUUUGAUGGCAAAACCAGGUUACUGAGACAGUACAGCUCCCUCUAGCAAACCUAGGGCCGUGUACAUAGUGCCCGUUCACCUUUCUGAUGACGUCUGCCUCCGCGCACAAGGAUGAGAUGGGCAUUGCUGCCUACACCGACGGCCUGGAGGCCCGCGCAUCUGCACCUUUGUACGUGACGCACCAGUGCCGACCCAACUUAACCACUACGCACGCCUCGCGGCGGGAGAAGGUAUCGGUCCCCUGAGGGUGAGUCUAGCCCUGCUCGCUAGAAAGACCCCCCCCAUCGCUAUGGGUCAUGCCUACGCAAAACCUUGCUGAGGCAGCUAGGGGAAGAAAGGGAUAAAGUGCCGGUAAAUUUCUCGUCACUGACACAGGCCUGAAUAGUGCCGGUUUUCCACUAUUCAGGGCUGCCCGCUAUAGUGCCGGUUCAGGCACUAUCGAAUAUCGAAUUCCUCAAUAGUGGCAGUUCACACCCCACACUCAGCCUUUUUUCGCCUCAAGCCUUCCACGCCAAAGGGAUUCGGAGAUUCGGAGACGUUUUCCCUUCGAGCUACAAGUAUACCUCGGUUUCUCCCGGUACGCGUGACGUCUUCAAAUGUCACGGUUUACGGUUUACCGAUCGACUAGGUUCCACCAAUAGGCUGGGAUUUCAGUCGGGAGGCGAGCGAUUCAGACAGCAGUACGUAUUAUCCUAUCUGCAGAUCCCCCAAGGCGGCAAAAUGCAUGUGGCACCAUUCACCACUCUUGACAGCAACAGCAGCGGGCCGUCUACUCGGUAGUGCAUCAAGGAGGAAAGAGGGGCUUGCGGUGGAUGUGCUACUUGACCUUGCAUCGGUUGGUUGUGGCUUCGAUGUGCACUAUGCCUGCAUCUGCUCCUUGGUAGCACAACCAAGCUUCGCCCCCGUCACGAUCACCCCGCAACAUUUUAGUGCAACGCCAGGAUGGGUAGGACAGGCGCUGCGAGGAACAGCAGGUAGAGCUGCAGAGGUGCUCUGACUUAACUACGAAUCAUUGACGAAGAUAGGAAGGAUAACGUGGGUGUGGAAGCGCCAGCAGGGCUCAGCAUGACUUCGAUUUCUUAGCCGGGAGCCGAGGGAUCGAUACUGCAGCCCAAGGGAGACCGUUGCUGCGGAGCGAAUUCGGUUGGUCCUUGGUUUCGACACCGACAAGUCCUUGAAGAUCACGGUGGAGGCUGCCGCAAGGACGGAGCUGGCAAGAGAAGGGAGAUAACCUGGGAGGUGGUGCGCUUUGCGCAACGGAGGGGUCUGGACAAGGGUAACGCUCGAACGUCCCCUCCCGUGAAACCAGGAACGAGAGCCCCGGGUUGAUAUGGUGUGCGGAGGAAGGAGUGAGAGGAUGAGUCAUACCAGUGCAGCAGGGGAACGGCGAGAACAACUCAAACAGUGUGGGCAGUGGGAAGAAAAGGAGGAAGGAGGAAGGACUGACAAUCCAGCCAAGGAGGAGAAAGGUGCAGCAGUGCUGCUAUGCGAGGCCAAUGCGGCUGUGCCAAGAUCACCCCCGCGGGAGGUGGUGGGUGGGUGCCUUCCGGACGCCGAAAAUGCACGAAGGUAAAGGAUCGCCUCGAGCUCGAUACACCGACGAGACGAGCCCAGCGAAGGCACCCCACCUCGGGAUUGUGGAGCGGGGUACAAAAAUUAUGUAGGCUGCGUCGUUUUCCUUUUCUGUCAAUAGCACCCAUAGAAACGAAUGAUCUGUGUGUGCAGCUGCAUGCAAACAUGUAGUGCUGUAGUGGCAUGUCGUGACGUGGCGAUGGCGAACAGAAGAAAAAGGCUAGAGCGACGAUCUCUCGAAUGGAACCACGCGAUUGUUCUUUGGGGGACGCGGGAAUGUUGUGGUGGCUGCCACUCACUCCCGGAGCGACAUGUGAUACAUGCAUGCGUAGCAGCGAUCGUUGGUCUGUAGCGCGGCAGUGUCGUGUCGGUGGGUUGUACUACAUACUGGUGUGCUGUAGACGUUUUAGUCCGGGGUGAAAAAACAGCACCAUCGGGUGCCUCUUGUGGUAUGCAAUCCAUCCUCCAACGAGAUGCUGCCUUUGGGACUGUGAUACGCACGGGCGUGAUAUCGUUUGGACGGGUUGUGCGGUGUUUUGUUGUGCUUGAUGAUCCCAAAGGCGCGGAAGGAACGGGAGCACCGCAGGAAGACGGGGGCCAAUCAUCAGUUAGUGCGUGCUGCGUGAACCCCCACAUUGGAGAGAGAGCUGUGCCCUGCCUGUAAACGGUGCAAAUAGUUCGGCCUGUCUUACGGAGGGUACGGGGAGCUAACUCGUGAAAGAGACAUGGUACUACGAUGCGUACCGGAAGGCGGAGGAGGUUGAUUGACGGAAGUUUGUAAAAAAUGUGUAACAUCGUCCGACAUUAACGAGGGAUGAACGCGGAAACAACCAUCGGCUGUUGCUCUCCAUGACGUGGAGCAUCUUGCCCAAGCGAGUUGCUUUGUUUGGGCAAAGUGUCUCGAUGUCUCGACGGCUGAGCACGUAUGCAUAGGCUAUCACCUUGUUAUUUUUGUCGCUAAGCGCUAUCAUAUACCUGGUAUUGGAUGGAUGGAUGGCAGGACGACUUAGCACAUGACUGUACGUGAGGCCGCGCUCUUUAAUUUUUACUACAAGUACUUUCAAAUAUUAUUUCGUGAAGCUGGCGGCUGAUCAUGUUAAGCCGGCUGACCCGAUGUCUUGCUUUUUUCUUCGCUGUUCGCUUUUAUGGAUGAGUCUUUAUGGAUCCUCCCUGUUUGUGAGGGUGCAUUGGUUGUGUAGACCAGCUGGUGUAGACAAUGUUUCUUACGAGCGGGUCGGCGCACUAUAUCCAGCAAGUUUGAACGCCACAGUUUCUUUGAACUAUCCAUCUUGUGUACACGCGCCCCAUAAUUGAACCGCCCUUUGUUGAUUGUGUGGCUGGGGAUGGGUCGACACGCCCUAUUUGCGUCGGUAUUGGGACGGACGGGUUGGGUCGGGUUGGGUCGACGCGCCCGAUUUGCGUCGGGACAGGGACGGACGGGUUGGUCAGUUGCGGAGACACAAACAACAUAAUUGGUUGAACAAU